AUGGCGAUACCUCUUCAGUUUGCACGCGCCGGAAAGCGCAAAGCGGUUGACCCUCCGCAAGAUGAGCAGUCGCCUCUCGCCGCGCCUUAUUCGCGACGCAAACGGCGCAACAUUGAGAGCAACGAUUACAGCGACAGCGAUGAAAGUGUGGCCAGCUCCCCACGACAGCAACGCCGGAUUGCAACGAAGGCCUUCGGCCACAUUCAAGUCGAUGGGCCAGCGUUUCCGAGAUCAGCUUACCAGGGCUAUGACCCGCCACUGCCUCCUUCGGAGGAGUCUUCAGUCCUCUUCGACUUCAGCGUCUCGGACGAAUACCGCACUAUCAAGGCGACAUCGGGCUACGCCCAUCUCGUGCUCGAGGACUUCAGUAUCUAUAUGCCUAGAUGCGUAAGGCACACUGACGAGCUCGUAAGCCUCGACAGGCUCCAGAACAGCCGAGGAAACACAGAACUCUGUUUCGAUGGCGUUCUGUCCGUGGGGAAUGAGAGUCACUACCUUCAAGGCGUGCGCUUCAACACAAUGGCAGUGGAAGGUUACGGUGACCCUGAUAUUGCCAGGCUGAAGGACCACAUAUGCAUCCAGUCCAAGGAUGCUCGGUCUUCUGGCGUAUGGUAUAAGCUCGGGCAGCCCUCAGCGGAGUACGCUCGCUUCUAUAGGCCGUUCCUCUGGCUUGCGAUGUUCACAAAGCACUUCGUGGAAUACCUGCUGGAGACGAGGAAUGUCACCUUGGACCACUUUCGUCGAACAUUCUACGCAUGGCUGAUAACAAGGAAGCGCAGUCUCGACUUCGAGAAAUGGCAUGGAGAAUGCGGAAAUCGGAGGGACUUCAGGACUACCGUGGCAGCCAAUGUCGGUUAUCUGUGGAAAGAAUGCCACGGCAUCGACGACGAGGAGUCUGGACUUGAUGACCAUUCUGUAUGGACUGAGGUGGAUCCACAAAGGCUGAAAGGAAUUCCUCAGCAACCCAACAAGGAGCACAGGACAAUUUGUACAACUCUUGUACAUGAUGCCUUCAGGCGCAUGUAUUUCUCCAGAUGGCUGAAACUUCGCGCCACAAGCCCCUCCAUCCAAAAUACUAUAUCGUUCCGGAAGCGAGCCCUAGGUCUGACGCCACUCCAAACAGCAAGCCCUGCCAACGCUAGCAUACUCACGCCAAUCAGUCUGCAAGAUCGGGCCUCUUCUGAAGAGCCAGUGCUUGACGUGAGAGCAGGCGACGUGGUCACGUUGAAAGCGGAUACCACGGGGCCAUGGCGUAUUCACUCAUCUCAGAGUUAUGCCUACGUUCAGGGUACCAGACGAAGCGAGUUCAAGUACAACAGAGGACAAAAAGUCUUGGAUGUCUUGUGGCUUUACAGGCCUUGGGACACCACAGUCGGAGCUGCCUAUUAUCCCUUCAAGAAUGAGCUUUUCAUGUCUGACCACUGCGAAUGUCGUAGACAUGCCGUCGACAUUAGCUGUGUGACAGGCAAAGCUGAUGUCAUCUGGUUUGCUUCGGACCCCAGCGCUGUGCCGGCACAAACGCUCUUCGUUCGUCAGAAGUUCCGCACCAAACACCAGGAAGACACGUACGAUUUCGUGUCUCUCAAGCGGGCCGACUUCGCCUGUAGCUGUGCGCAUCGCAUAUCAACUUUCGAGACAUGCCGGCGGCAGUAUGUCAUUGGCGACCCGGUACUGGUACGUGCGUUCGAUCGCGACCUUCAGGAUGAAGUACUUGAGCCGGCACAAGUGGUCGACUUCAACCUUGAUCUGAGCCGGGUAAUGCUCCGUCGUUUACGUCGACGCCAGGCGAUCGAUCAAGAUGCAAGACCAAACGAGCUAGAGCUAACCGAUGAGAUUUUCGACGUUGGCCCAAGCAGGGUCAUUCGCAAGUGUAAUAUCAAAUUCUUCGGUGAAGAUGCCGUGGCCGAAGGUCUGCCCACUCCUUACAACCGAGGAGGAGCGGGAGACUUCUACUACAUCGUUGGUCAACAGAAUAAGUCAGGUCUCGGCGAAGACGGUGAGAUGGAGGAUAAUGUCCUGCUUCCGCCUUUGGAGUCAGGACUAGACCUUUCCAGUCCUCCACCUUUCCAGAAAUUGACGGGAAUGGGCAUUUUCUGCGGCGGCGGCAACUUUGAUCGAGGUCUGGAAGAUGGAGGCGCAGUCAAGUUCAAGUACGCUGUGGACUACGCCGAGCGAGCCAUCUACAGCUAUCGCGCCAACGUUCCCGAUGACGUCCAAUGCUUUUACGGCUCUGUCAACGACUAUCUGGCGCGAGCUAUGGCGGGAGAGGAGGCGCCAGUCAUUGCAGGGGUCGGCGAUGUCGACUUCUUAUCCGGAGGCAGUCCAUGCCCUGGCUUCUCUCGCAUGCAGCCGGACCAUCAGAGCGAGGAUUCCUUGCGAAAUGCCUCUCUUGUGGCGUCCUUCAUAUCUUACGUCGACUUCUACUCGCCCAGGUAUUGCAUGCUGGAGAACGUGGUCCCGAUGACGCAGGGCAUGGGCCCGCGAAGGGAUGAAAACGUCUUCGCGCAGGCUCUCGCAGCGCUCGUGGCUAUGGGCUAUCAAGUCCGGCAAUUUCUGAUGGAUGCGUGGUCGUACGGCAGCUCUCAGUCGCGGACGCGUGUGUUCAUCGCAGCAUCAGCGCCGGGCCACGAGCCGCUACCACCUCCUCCUCAUACACAUUACCAUCCGAACCCAGAGGUCCAGACGCAUUCGCUAGGCAGAUCAAGCAACGGAAAACCAUUUGGAAAUCGUCGAGACGACUACACGCCUUUCCAGCACGUUUCGAUCGAGGCCAGCACUGCGGAUCUCCCGGACAUAGGCGAUUCGCAAGUGCAGCUCUGUCCUGCUUUUCCGGACCACCGGGUGGCAUCUGAGCAGAACGCAGAGAGAAGAGGUCUGUUUGCUAUGAUUCCCAAGCGGCCGUACGGCAUGGGCGUCGUCCAAGCUGCUCGUCAAGGACUGCUGAGCGGAGUACCGAUGGACUACUACAACAAACGAACCGCACUCCAUAAUCUCAAAGAGAUUCCGAAGACAUUUUCUCGCCUCGAUCCGAACAAACUUUGCCAGACUGUGACGACCACCCAGCAUUUGGCUUGUCUAUAUCAAGGCCGGACACUGCAUUGGUCGCAAGACAGGCCGAUGAGCGUAAUGGAGCUACGUCGAGCGCAAGGCUUCCCGGACGAGGAUGUCAUACUCGGCACUCCGAGGCAGCAAGUCGUGAUCAUUGGCAACAGUGUGGAGCGGAAUACUGCGCUUGCUUUGGGUCUGGCGCUGAGAGAGUCGUGGACGAACAGCUACGAGGGCAGUAUGGCGAGGAUGAGGAUCGUUGGCGACAGAGGAGAUGAUGGUUCCGAGGAUGGUGCAUUGAACGACUACAGCGACGAUGGGGGGAUCCCAGAGACACCUGAGACGACACCCAUAUACGAGUCGGAAACACGAGCAGGUGCUCCGAGUCGACGUUCACUGCAUGUUACGGCGAUGUCAGAUGCUAGCACACCGGACACGAUGGAGGGAAUCUCAGAGUUUGAACGCAUGGCUGUGGCGAAGGCGCAGAAUGCUGGAGCAAAGGCAGCUCGGCAGUCUGGAGCACAGCAGCAGGCGACACCUCCCAGCGAAGAAGAAGACGACGACGAUUGUAUCGUGGUCAGUUCCAGGCGCAACACGGACACCCCCGAGAGCGAAGAGGUCGGAGACGGUGUGGUGAGGGGCCGCCAGAAGGUCGUCAGUAGGAAGGCGUAUGUCUUGAUCGACUGA